AUCGCUAACUGAAGGUAAACAUUUCUGAAAAACUACGUCUUUGCGUGCGGAAUAUUGUAUAACUCUGUUUUAAAAAUAAUUUGUGAACUUAUUUAAAAUAAUAAUUCGUGUGAAAUGUCGUGUGGUAUGUGCAAUAAGUCGGUGAGAGGUGCAAACAACUCUGAAGUGAAGUGCAUAGACUGUAACAAUCAGUUCCAUGGAAACUGCGUGAGUAUGAAAGUAGAGGAAAUCAAAUUUCUAAUUGAAAGUGGUAAAUCGUGGAGAUGUGAUGGAUGCACCAGAAACAAGAGACUCAGCAUGUCUAUGGAUACGCCAAUCAAAGAAGGACAAAUCACCUUGGAGAAGUUAGCGCAAAUGCUCACUAAUGUGUCAGAGAACAUUAAAAGUGUGGAGAAGAGCUUAGGAGAUUCUAUACAAUCGUGUCACGAAUCUGUCGGUGAUGUACUCGAGAAAGUGAAAAAACAAGAAAGUCAACUCAAGGUGUGCCUGGAUAAAAUUGAGACACAAUCUACCGAAAUAAUAGCACUAAAAAAGGAAAAUGAAGAACUGCGUCGUGCCAUCUCUGAUAUUCAGCAAUAUACAAGAUCGAACUGUCUGGAGCUCCAUAAUUUCCCUCAGGAGGAAAAUGAGGAUCUGCUUGGUGUUGUGAAAUCUGUUAGCAAAGCUUUGGGACAUACAAUAACCGACUUGCAAAUAGACAAUUGUCACCGUCUUCCAACUCGUGAAAAAGAUAAAGUGCCACCAAUUAUAAUAAAACUGACUAGAAGGAUCGACAAGGAGGAGCUGUUAAAGCGAAGGAGGGUGAUGAGGAACUUUUCAACGCGACACAUGGACCUACCAACAGACAUCCCGCUGUACCUCAACGAGAGUCUGUCGCCGGAGAACAGGAGGGUGCUAGCGCUGGCGAGAGCAGCCAAGAAAGAAAAGGACUACAAGUAUCUCUGGAUUAGGAACGGAAAAAUUUUGAUGCGAAAAUCUGAGGGUCAACCGGUAAUCUCAUUGAGUUCAGUAAGUGAUAUAAGCAAACUAUAAUGAUUACAAAUGCACUAGUUUAUUUAAUAAAAGUUUACUAAUUUUUGAAAAAUCCACGAAAGUUAAAAAUAAAUGACCGACCUUAAUGAACUAUUCUGUUUAGUACAAAACAUAAGAAGCUUAAGAGAAAACUUUGAC